AUGCCCAUGCUGAGAGGCAGACCGGCGGUCACACACACACGCACACGCACACACACACACAUGUCCUCCGUCAGCGGCUCCAGCAGCGCCGCCGGGCCCCGAGAGGUGGAGCUGGUGCUGGUGAAGGAGCAGAAUGGGGUUCAGUUCACCUCCUCCAGCCUGCGGAGCCCCGGUGCGCACUCACACACACACACCCACUCUCACACACACCCGUCCGGACAGCAGCGUGAGACCUGGGGCAAGAAGAUCGACUUUCUGCUGUCCGUCAUCGGCUUCGCUGUGGAUCUGGCCAACGUCUGGAGGUUCCCAUACCUGUGCUACAAGAACGGCGGAGGAGCGUUCCUGGUGCCGUAUCUCUUCUUCAUGGUGAUCGCCGGGAUGCCGCUCUUCUACAUGGAGCUGGCGCUGGGUCAGUAUAACCGUGAAGGAGCCGCCGGCGUCUGGAAGAUCUGCCCCAUAUUCAAAGGCGUGGGCUUCACGGUGAUCCUGAUCUCGCUGUAUGUGGGCUUCUACUACAACGUGAUCAUCGCCUGGGCUCUGUUUUACCUGUUCUCCUCCUUCUCCGGGGAGCUGCCCUGGAUCCACUGCAACAACACCUGGAACAGCCCCAACUGCUCCGACCUCAACGCCACGCUGCUCAACGACACGUACAAGACCACGCCCGCGCUCGAGUACUUCGAGCGGGGUGUUCUGCAUGUUCAUGAAAGCUCUGGUAUUGAUGAUCUGGGUGCGCCGCGCUGGCAGCUGACCGCCUGUCUGGCCGUGGUCAUCGUGGUCCUCUACUUCAGCCUCUGGAAAGGAGUGAAGACGUCUGGGAAGGUGGUGUGGAUCACUGCCACGAUGCCGUAUGUGGUCCUGACCGUGCUGCUCCUGCGUGGCGUCACUCUGCCUGGAGCCAUCGACGGCAUUAAAGCUUACCUGAGUGUGGACUUCCUGCGCCUGUAUGAUGCUCAGUGUUUCAGAGACGCCAUCAUCACCAGCUCCAUCAACUCUCUGACCAGCUUCUUCUCCGGCUUCGUCAUCUUCUCCUUCCUGGGAUACAUGUCACAGAAACACAACGUGGCCCUGGAUAAAGUGGCCACUGACGGUCCCGGCCUGGUGUUCAUCAUUUACCCAGAAGCCAUUGCGACGCUGCCCGGCUCUUCAGUGUGGGCCGUCAUCUUCUUCAUCAUGUUGCUGACUUUAGGAAUCGACAGCGCUAUGGGAGGGAUGGAGUCUGUGAUCACGGGACUCAUCGACGAGUUCAAGUUCCUGCACAAACAUCGAGAGCUCUUCACACUCUUCAUCGUGGUGUCCACCUUCCUCAUCUCGCUCAUCUGCGUCACCAACGGUGGAAUCUAUGUGUUUACGCUGUUGGACCACUUCGCUGCGGGGACGUCAAUUCUCUUUGGAGUACUAAUUGAGGCCAUCGGCAUCGCCUGGUUUUACGGAGUGGAUCGCUUCAGUGAUGAUAUCGAGGAGAUGAUCGGUCAGAGACCAGGCCUGUACUGGAGACUGUGCUGGAAGUUUGUGAGCCCGUGUUUCCUCCUGUUCAUGGUUGUGAUCAGCUUCGCCACCUUCAAUCCUCCCAAGUACGGCUCCUAUUAUUUCCCCACGUGGGCGACGAUGGUGGGCUGGUGUUUGUCCAUCUCCUCUAUGAUCAUGGUGCCGCUCUACGCCAUCUACAAGUUCUGCUCGCUGCCCGGAAGCUUCUGUGACAAACUGGCGUACGCCAUCACUCCUGAGACUGACCAUCACCUGGUGGAGCGCGGUGAGGUGCGGCAGUUCACGCUCCAUCACUGGCUGGUGGUUUGA